CUGCAGAUUGGAGAGCUGAGUAAAGAGGAUUUCUUUUGGACAAGUGUGCUGGCAGCACUUCUUGAUCAGUGUGAAACAUGCCAACUCAUAGAGUUCAUCCCCAAGCCCAGGAAGAAGGACUCACUUCUUUCUCCAUUGCAAAGGAAAACCCCAUGGAUGUGAAUCUUGAAAAAGGAAACCGACACCUUCCCACUAAGAGAUGGCUCUUCAUUUCCUGUGUGGUAUUCCUUGUGCUUGGUAGUAUUGCAGCUGUCCUGGGUCUUUCAAUUACCUUUGGAAUACCUGCAAAACCUACACGUCCAUCAUACCGACAAUGUCAAACAGCUUCAAAGCAGCUUGGCUUUUUGUGUGAUGAUCUAACCACCUGCUUACCACCAUCCCUGCUUUGUAAUACAAAGCUAGACUGCAGUCACGGAGAAGAUGAAUCCACGGCAUAUUGUGGUCAAAUGCCCAGCAGUCUACCUCAAAACUUGCUAUUUAAGUGUCCUAACCAGAAGAUAUGGACUUACAUAGACAAGGUCUGUGACAUGAGGAAUGACUGUGGAGAUUGUUCAGAUGAAUCAGGUUUGCAGUGCCCAACUUGUUCAGGCUGGAGGUGCAAUACAGUUUUCUUUGCUGAUUGUGACUGCAUUCCCAAAGUACGCUGCAAAGAUGGUAUACAAGAUUGUGCUGACUGGAGCGAUGAAAAUUCAUGUGCAUAA